AUGGCCAGCACGUUUGACCUGAAACCCUACGUAUGCGACUCUCUUCCGGAGAAGUUCUAUCGGAUCGAUUAUACUGGCUCCCAAACUUCGAAAGAUGCCACGGGAGAUUAUGUUGCAAGAGCCAACUUUGACAUGAUCCCCAUAGAGAAGAGUUUCAAGGAAAUCCUCGAGGACCAUUUCAAAUGGGAACACGUUCCCAGCUGUUUUAUAUCCGUCCUCAGUGACAAGGAGCAUGCCGACUAUUGGGCUGGGAAGGCGCCGGCUUGGCUCCGUUCACGUGGCGUGGAGAACCCUGAGGUCUCCAUCAGCGAGAUCGACACGACGCAGCUCCCAGCUGGUACCUACGUGUUCAUGGCCAAAUCUCUGGUCAACAGGCUCGAUAUCAAAUACAAAUAUUGGAAGCAUGAAUAUCUUUUCCUGCAUCGCAUUCCGCAUGAGGCCAUAAUCAGCCCGCAGGGCCUGAAGAGCCCUAAGGAGGCUGAGAUGACCAAGGAGGCAGAGAAGACCAAGGAAACUGGGAAGUCUGGGGCGAUUGAAGAUCCAGGGACGUGCGAUUCUGCGGUCAACAAUGGGACAAGCUCCCCUGACGGAGAAACAGACCUGUCGGAAAAGUUCGAUGGUCUGCAGAUCAAGGAUUCAGUGCCUGUUCGCAGCACACCGAGAAAGAUGAGGAGCGAGAAGAAGCCAAUCGUGUAUGAGCGACCUCCUUGGUGCGUGGAGACUGUGGUUAGGAUUCGCAGGAGGAAGAAUGAGUAUUCCUUUACCGUCGAGGCUUGA